AUGAGUCCCAUUGACGAGGCGCCCAAUGAAAGACCAAAAAUUGCAAAGAGGAGGUUUGUUGGGAAAAAGACAACUUCCUUAUCAGACCCCACAACUCUAUCACCGUCACAAGAUCAAGCAGUUAUUAAGAAAGUAAAUCCCAAUCGGCAUAUAGGACGAGUGUUAAACCAGAUCCCAGAAGACAUAUUAAACGACAAAGAUAUCAACCAAGCUGUAAGUCUACUACCUUCGAAUUACAAUUUUGAGAUACACAAGACGAUAUGGAAUAUCAGGAAACAGAAUGCAAAAAGAGUAGCCUUGCAAAUGCCCGAGGGAUUAUUAAUAUUUUCACUCAUCAUUUCAGAUAUUCUUGAGGAAUUCUGCCAAGUUGAGACCGUAGUGAUGGGUGAUGUUUCAUAUGGUGCUUGUUGUAUUGAUGAUUUUACUGCACGCUCCUUAGACUGCGAUUUUAUAGUUCAUUAUGCUCAUUCGUGUCUUGUGCCUAUUGAUGUCACCGAGAUCAAAGUAUUAUACGUUUUUGUCACUAUCAACAUAAACGAAGAUCAUCUUGUCAAAACAAUAAAGAGGAAUUUUGACCGAGGGACUCAAAUUGCCAUAUUUGGAACAAUACAAUUCAAUCCAGCUAUACACAGUGUUAAGUCCAUCUUGGAAAACGAUGCAGAAAAACCAAUUUAUCUAAUCCCACCUCAAACUAGACCAUUGUCAAAAGGUGAGUUAUUAGGAUGCACGUCGGUGAGGUUAAAUAAAGAGCACAUUAAAGCAACAAUAUAUGUUGGAGAUGGAAGAUUUCACCUUGAAAGCUCGAUGAUCCAUAAUCCAGAUAUCCCCGCUUUUGGAUAUGAUCCAUAUAGUCAAAAAUUCACUAGAGAGUACUACGAUCAAAAGCAAAUGACUAGUGUAAGAAAAGACGCAGUGGUUACUUCAAAAAGAGCCAAGAAGAUUGGAUUGAUUUUAGGUGCAUUGGGAAGACAAGGAAACCCAGUAACAUUGACAAAAUUAGAGGAAAAAUUGUUAGAAAAAGGUAUAAUAGUUGUAAAGAUUAUCUUGAGUGAGAUAUUUCCCCAGAAAUUAGCAAUGUUUGAUGAUAUUGAUGCAUUUGUACAAGUGGCUUGUCCAAGAUUAUCUAUUGACUGGGGGACGUAA